AUGGACGACAACAGGGGCCAGAGGAGGCAGAAUGAACCGCCUAUCUAUUCCGCUUCGAGCUCACGACACCACCAAUCGCUGCAUGACCGAUCACAACCACGACAGCCUUUCCCAGGCGCCGCGGAGGAUAGGUUCAGGCCCGCGCCGCUCCAAACAUCAGCUUCCGGGGCGGCGCGGGGAAUGGGGGGCUCGAGUUACAGCGGAUACUACCAGGACACUUCGGCGACAGGUUUCCCGACGACGGCCAUGCCGCAAGGGGCCAUGAGCUAUCACCACUCAGCUGCCGACUACGGACAGCCGGACUCGCGACAAACCCAGAGCUUCGGAGGAACUUACACACCAGCCAUGAUGUACAACGUGCAGCAGACGGGCGGGCCACAGAGCGCGGCCGUGUACGAUGCUAGCCAACAGUUUCCCUCGCGGCAGGCUGCAGGACUGCCGAUGAUGACGACGGAUGUCACGGCCCCUUACUUCUCGAGCGAGCCAGCCAAUCCCACCGCGGCUACCUCCGCCUUGCAGGCCCAGACCGCGUCGUCCAGCACGCCUCAGGUAUAUCAGCAGCCCGGCUUGCAUGCCGGCUAUUCCACCGGCAGCAUGGCCGCCAUUGGAGGCAUGACCACCCAGACUACUGCCGCAGGCGACGUCAGAAUGGAGGAGGAGUACCAUCAUGCCCAGUCAGCUGGGGGGUUGGAUGAGGCCUACGCUCAGUACCAGACUGCGCUGAAAGAAGUUUUUACAAACAUAAAAAACGGCAUCCUAGCGACGGCGAGCGAAUCGCUGCUCAACGUCUCGGACUGGCUGCUGUCUCAUGUCGUUGAGCUAGGCCUCACCUCUGACGACCAGAAUCUCCACGGAGAACGGAUCAAGUUGUGGAACGACUUCAACCAUGCGUGGCUGGCGAUGUUCCAACGUCAAAAGGAAAUGUUGCAGGCGGAGCAGCCACCGCCGCGGCCCCAGACUAUGAUUUCGCAGGAAGGAUUGAUUAAGAUGGGCAAAGAGCUCGUGAGGCUCUGCGAUAGUAUCGAGCGGCACGGCCUGGUCGAUUACCAGUAUGGUGUUUGGGAGGAGCAAAUCAUUGACAUCCUGGACGAGUGUCUUACUCUUUACGAGGCCCAACAAUCCAACACUUCUGGAGGUGGGGGCGAUGGUGCCUCUAGCUCUCGCCGUCGUUGA